UUCAAGGGAAAACCCCCCAUAAUUGUAUGUUUUCAUCUGUUCGCUUAGUAUAACAUGCCACCUAGACAUCGAUCCCUCAUCGCCGCCGUCUGGACGAACCCGUAUAUCGCAAACACACCACAUGCGCUGAAUCCACACAAUUAUAAAAGCUUGGAACCGGUCCGAAUGCAUCUCAAUGUGUACCCUUAAUUAUAGUUUGUAUUCAUUUGACGCCAUCGUAUUCAGUCUGGUGCUGUCAUCGGGCGAGUUUAGUAACCGCGAGUCUGCAUCUGCAUUUCGCCGGGCUAUCACGAGAUGCUGCUAAAAAGUGUUUUGAUUUGUGUCUCUUUUUGCAUUCAGUUCAGCUUGCAGUCUGAGCCCUCUGAGAAUCACUACUGGGCCGGCGUUGUAGAGUACACUCACAAGGAAACACUGAGCAACACAACGAAAGUAUCGCCCCAUAACAGAACGCUGGACAAUUUGGAGAAAUAUAAGGAAGUCAUCAGAUCAGCUGAGGCGUACCCCGUAGAUAUUAUGGUCUUUCCGGAAGGUGCCUUGAAUACGAUUGACACAGCUGUGUUUGUGCCCAAUCCGGAGGACAGUAUUUUCCCGUGUAAUGAUCUUGAUUAUGAAGGAAUAGUUCAAGAACUCUCAUGCCUUGCACGAUCACGCCGAAAAUAUCUGGUUAUAAAUCUAAUCGAGAAAGCUACCUGUCUAGAUCCAGGUAAUCCCAGAUCGUGCUCGACCGAUGACUCGUAUCGAUUCAAUACUAACGUGGUGUUUGAUCGAAAAGGCAUAGUUAUCGCCCGGUAUCGCAAGAUCAACCUUAUCUCGGAGUAUGACAUUGACAAGACGGUCGAACCAGAGUUGGUUAAAUUCCACACCGACUUUGGCGUUACUUUCGGAACGUUCAUCUGCUUUGAUCUAAUGUUCUACACACCGGCGCUGCAAUUGGUACGGCAAAACGUGACCGACUUUGUCUUUCCUACGAUGUGGUCUUGCCAACUGACGUUUUGGAGUGCGUUUUAUAUACAACGAGACUGGGCGUAUGAAAACAACGUUAAUCUCUUGGUGGCGGGCGCUAAUCAUCCGCGGACCAGUACCACAGGUUCGGGAAUGUAUGCCGGUAAACGUGGGCGGAUUGUUGCCACCAUGAGUCACAUUGCGGGCAUAAAAUUAUUCGUGACUAAAGUACCCAAGAUUGGUGCACAGGAAGGAGACGUCAUAAGGCAACCCAUCAAUGAUGACAUCGCAGAAGAAAUGACAGAUCAUGACCUUAACCGAAAUCAAGUUGACGGCUACGCGACUAUGGGUCUUCCCCUCAGCAGUAACGAUAGAUAUAGCGCAAAACUUUGUCACAAUGAGCUAUGCUGCUCAUUUACCUUAAAUUAUACUGUAGACCUCCCGACAGAUCCCGAUGCGCAACACUACCGUUACAGACUGGUAGUGUACGAUGGUAAUCGUACUCUCGUCGGAGAGAAUGCUGACGUAAUCAUCACGACCUGUGGCAUUUUGGCAUGCAGCGAAGACCGGUUCUCAACUUGUGGAAUACGACACUUCAACGCAUCGUCCGUCGAAAACGUGGUUCAGUUUAACUCGAUCGAAGUCAUUGGUGACUUUCCCGAGGGUGAAGGUAUAUUCCUGGUGCCAUCCAGUACCGAUACCAGCAAUCUACCAUUGGAAUUGGACGAAUUCGACUAUAGUCAUCAGAAAUCUGAUUCACACAACUUCGUCCAAUACUAUUUAACGAGUCCACGAUCAGAACUGUUGUCGUUUGCCAUCAGAGGCCGCAAGUUCGUCUAUAGCAAUACCGGAACUAGUUGGACUGCUGGUAUACUAGGGAUAUUGGCCGGUAUUUUUACUGCUUUAUCUAUGUGAACUAAGCUGCUUAGUUCCGGAAUUAUUAGAUGCUAUAUUCAGGCGCAGGACAUCAAAGACGUAUGUCUCAUCAUUCUAGAGUCGAUAGCAAGAACAAGCUUUAGCUGAUGAAGAUAUCGACAGCAGACAAAAAAGAAAGUUUCUGAAAUAACUCUGGGAUUUAUUGUUAUAUCGUUUAUUUAAAAAAAUAUAUAUAGGGGCUGUGUACAACACACAAUCACAUUGUUGA